GAGGCCAUCCUGGUGCUGGCAAAGUGGGUGACGAUUCACUUCCUGGUUUUUGAAACUUCAACGGCCUGCUUUUCCCCUCCCGCCUGCCUAGAAUCGUCCCGUGUCCUCAUUGCAGCAUAAUUAUCGUGCAGCCAGCACGCGACAGCACGCACCAAUAGCCAACAUCUGUGCCUGAUUCCACCAACAUACCUACGUAACUGCCUGCACUCUGUGUGCAGCCCGCCGACACAUAUCACUGCGCCUUCCUCCCCACCUGCUGACGCUCGUGAGAGUUUUUCCGCCUUCCUGCGCCUGCGAACGAGCCAGCAGCGGAGCUUCGCGCCAUUUGCACGUGAAAAUACGUCGCCCGCCGCCAAGAGCUAUCGUUGCUACAAGCACGCAGCAACACGAACGUCACAACCAACAACGACACGCGACAGCAGCAGCGCUCGCUGCACAAGCUUGGCGACAACGGCGUCUGCAGAUGUGGUUCACACGCGUGCUUUCGUCGACCUUCUUCCUCGGCGCCAUCAUCUUCACCAUCCCAUUAGCCUUCGACAUCGGCGGCCGGACAUGUGGACUGGCCUUCUCGCUAUCGCUUAGCGUCUACUACUUCCUUUACUCGUGCCUGCGGCUAGCGACACCGGAUCGCUCACGCUUCAGAUGGUUCCUUUGUAACAUUGUAGCUUGGGCGCAAUGGCUGGCAAUACCGACACUGCUCAUCUGGAGCUUGAACAAGUUCUCCAUCGACGCAACGAACAACGCAGGCUGGGUCGAGAGGACAUUUGGGGGCAGACGAUCGGACUACAAGUCGGUGCAGGAUUGGAUCUUUGGGUCUGAGGGGCUGUUGCAGAACUUCUCGAUUGGCGCUUGGGACAAGACGCUGAGGUACAGCACACCGGCGUUCCAGAUCGCUGAGGGCUUCUGCAGUCUCCUGGUCAUACAGGCUGCAGGCCAGAUCACUCGCUGGGUCGUGAAUAGAGAGCGCGGCGACAGUUGGAUGAUUGGUCUCCUCGUCGCGUCUGCCUCGGUCAUCUCCACCUCCGUCUACUUCCUCUGGCGCAUCACCACCUUCCCUGAGAUCAGCAACGUUGAUGCUAUUCUCAUUGGCGCUGCCAUCACCACAGCUAUCUUCCUCGGUGGGUGGGGCAUCGCAAGUGCGCGCGGCAACCCAGUGGAGUCUGCCUUGCUGUUCGCCUACGUUACCCUCUGCAUCUACCAGAUCUUCACCGACUACCAGCCUACACCAGGCUCGACAGCAGCAGAGACCGCCGCACCGGAGCCAGCUCUGCCUCCUCUACCACCCAUCAUUAUGGCAUCGUACACAACUCUCCUCCAUGCUUUGGGUUCGUUGCCCACCAUCAUCCACACCGGUUUCAACCUGAUGGUCGGCGCCGUCAUGACCAUUACGCCCUCCGUCAUCAUCUCGCUCGCAUACCGCGUGUUCGUCAUGUACGCAGCAGCGCGUAUCAUACCAGCCAUAAGAGAGAGCGGGGCGCGAGCGCUGUCACAGGAGCCCAGCCUGGACGACGAUGACGAGACAUCCAAGAUCCUCGGCUUCUUGACGUGGUUCAGCCCUAGCAUUAUCAUUGCAGUUUACACCAGUCUGCUGAUGCAGCACUUCGCAAGUGGAAACGGUACAGAUGGUAGCGCAGUUACGGGAGAGUGGUGGACAAAUCAGGGCGGAGACGCAGGAGGCAACAUGUGGAGGUGGAUCAACCUUGCUAUCACGAUGGGUCUCUACGCAAUCGAACUUCAGAUUUCAAAGGCGGACGACGAUGGCAGGCUCACCAGUCAUUGGAAGACCGAUUGAGCGAACGAUGAACAGCACCUGCAUUACGACUGCACAACGCAGAGGAUCGCGAUCAAAGCAAACAUCGAUCAACACGGUCGAACAGAACAACAGCUGAGGGCGAAAGCCAGACAACAUAUAAGAUAGAAAGAAGGCAACGGAAAUUAAGGCAGAAAGUAAGAGUUGGACAACCCAAUAGGUAAGAGGCUGGAAAAGGCCACAAGAAGAAUCACUGGCGCAAGAAGUCGAGGCGAAAUGUCCACAGCUUCAGGGCCAGAAGAAGGACCUGGAACGGUUUGAGCGGACAUGACAGUAAUAUCUGCACCGAGAGGAUGGCUUGUUUCUUUUGUGUUAGCAUCGCCACGUUUGAGCGCGCAUUAUCACUUUUCAGAUACCCAAUUCGAGAUCUUGAAUGAAAC